AUGGCGAUUAUUCAGACGGUUUCGAGCACGCCAGUAAACCGCCUAACAGGUUCAAUCUGCGGUUUAUCCCCUCUAGCAGCAGAUUUCAACCUCGAUUACAGCCAUCAUAUCUACCAACCUUGCCUGCCGCAUAUCUUCAACGCACUCAACAAAGCAGAGGAGAAACAAGCCCGUACAAAGGAAGCUAGUCAGAAGGACAAGUGGAAGUCUUACUUUUUCCAAGCUGCGAAACUCAACUAUGAUAGUCAUGGUGCUUUGAUGUCUGCGAUGGGAUUCCCGGAUGAGGGGAUAAUUGGCCAGGAAUAUCUUCGCAGUGCUAACGCGAGGCAUGGAGCGGUCACGUUGGAGAACAUUAAUGACUUUGCUUUUGAGGAAGAUCCGCUGGAGGACUAUAUUACCGAUGUCUUCGAAAACGCCAACAAAGAGAACAACCGCGUAUUUUUGAGCCAUAUUACAUCGACCAGCCAUCAUCGGUUUCACAUGCCCAAGAGAGAAAAGUAUACACCUCUAGCCAACGGCGGCCACCUCGAUAUGAUGUCAAGAUAUAUCAACACAAUCGGUUACGAAGACAGAUGGAUUCGAAAGGUGCUCGAUAUCUUGGACAAGCAAGGAGUUGCCAACGAAACCCUGGUCAUCUUUCAAGGCGACCACGGUGUAUCUCUCCCAGAGAAUGAUAUCGCCUCGCCAUAUUACAACCCCAAUGUCGGUGUUGAGCAUGUCCCCCUCGUUCUCUCCCACCCGCAACUCCCAGCCUUCGACGUGGAUGAAGGCGUGCACGCAACUCAAAUCCUCCCCACAAUUUUAGACAUCCUUCUCGAAACAGGCUCCCUCAGCAAAACAAGCCGACAAGCAGCCCAGGACCUAAUACGGAAUUACGAAGGACAAUCGCUCCUACGGCCUUUGGCUACAGGCGAUGGACAAUGGCAGUUCACCAUCACCAAUCCUGGGCGCGCUAUGCUUAGCAUCCGAGAUGGUCGGUAUCCAGAGCGUCAUCUUGUUGUGCCGAUAAUAGAACACGUGGCUUGGAAACUGGCGGACUUGACGAAGGAUCCUUAUGAACAGAACCCUGUACAGGCGUUGGAUUUUAAAUCGUUCUUGGAGGAGGUGGAACAAAGGUUUGGGAGGGAUGUUGCGGAGUGGGCGGAAGAAGGUGCUUUUAUGACGAGAUGGUUUGUCAAGGAAAACAGCAAGCGUUGGCGUUUUGAUCUUUAA